CUGAAGGAUCACCCUCCCCACUCACUCCCUGGCUGUGGGGAACGAGGAGGCCAGUGUGGGCAAUAUCCAGGCACCAGGUCCGGGCCUGCCCCCGCCGCGUCCACACAGAAACGGCACCCGGCAGAGCGGGCACCUGUAGAUCUGGGUUCUCGGCCCCAAGGAGUGUUCUGCUGGCGUUCGAUCAUGGACUUUGGCUCUGCUGGGGAGCAGACAGUCCCGCCCCCACCGCUCAGCCUUCUUCCCCAAACUCUCACGCGGCCCCAGGACCGAGAGAGCCUGAGAGAGCCUGGACCGACCCCGGCAUGUGGGGAUACUUGUGUCUGCUGCCCAUCUGCCUGGCCUUCGGGGCUAUUGCUGGCAUCUGGACCGUGUUCUCGCUGGCUGUGGUUAACAAGGCCGUGAACCUCACCGAAGGCUUCCCGUACAUCAGUGUGUGUGGAAACGCGCCUCCCCAGAGCUGCAUCUUCAGCCAGGUGCUCAACCUCGGAGCCGCUUCGGGGGCCUGGAUCUGCAUUCUCCGUUACUACCAGCUUCGGGACUGGGGCGUCCGAAAGUGGCCUAACCAGGUGAUCCUGUGGACGGGGCUCCUCUGUGCCUUGGGCACCUCCAUAGUGGGCAAUUUCCAGGAGAAGAAUCAGCGGCCCACGCACCUGACAGGCGCCUUCCUGGUCUUCUUCGUGGGGAUCUUAUACUUCUGGCUGCAGCUCUUCCUCUCCUGGCGGAUGAAGAACCUGCCCCAGCCUGGGGCUCCCUGGAUCGGGCCACUCCGCCUGGUGCUCUGCAGUGCCUGCUUCAUCCUCGAGGUGGCCAUGGUCGUCCUGCACUCCUGGUCCAUGCGCUCCAUCUCAGCCAUCUGCGAGUGGGUCGUCGCCAUGCUGCUGUUCAUCCUCUUCGGCCUCCUUGCCGUGGACUUCUCCCGCCUGGACGGCUGCACCCUGUGUCUCCAGCCGGGCUCUGGCAGCCUCCGCCCCCCGCCGGACUCCCCCACCUCCCUGCACGUGCAGCUGUGAACAGCCGUCCUCACACCUCCUGUCCCUGCCGUCCGGUUCCGCCCCCGCAGUCGGGGCCACCCAGGAAGCGAGAGGCCAAGGCCAGCCAGCCAUCCCUGAUCAAGGAUAUUUAUUAUUAUUAUUAUUGUUAAUUUUUUGUUGUUGCUGCCGCCGGCGGAAUCAGAGACACGGACGCAGGCAGGAUCACGCGAAAUCAGAAUUCCUUCCGGAGAGCAAAUCCGUACAGAAGGUCAUGGGGGGAGAGGGAGAGGACUGGGGGGGCGGGGGGGCCCAGGAAGGGGGAGUUGGGCACACAAGGACAGACGGCCCUGUCCGUCCGGAUCUGCUAAGCCACCCCAACCAGCCCCGUCCCUCCCCCACCCCACCCCGCAGAGAGAC